AUGGAGAUGGCAGAUGAAUUGAAUCGGUAUUUUGCAUUGAUCUUCAUGAAAGAAGGAAGAUACAGAGAAGCAAGGGAGAAUAGAAGAAAGAAAUUUGAUGAAGCCUAUCGAUACAUUAUUGAAAUCUUGUCUAGAAGAUUGGAGAUGGAGAAAACUAAGGUGGAAGAUUUUAUUUUGGAUUCGUUAACUCUGUUGCUCCCUGGAUUUCCCAUUCUGAGCCCUAGGGUGGGAUUUUCCGACCUCAAGGGCCGCUGGGAUCGUCCAGUCCUGCCAAAAGUCAAUGGACUUUUGGCUGGGCUGCUGAAUCUCCCAUGGCAGAUCCUGCCACAACGGGGCUGGCAAAUCACAGCCCUAGACUUAAAACAACAAGCUACGACCAGCAGUUCAAUAUUAAUUAACUGUUCUCCACACCUCAGACUAUUGUUCCAGCAUUUUGAUGAUUUCUUUUCAAAAGGAGGCACAAAAUCAAUUGUGUUCUUUUACCAAGAAGCUGAACCACCAGUAAUAGAAAGUGGACGAAUUAUUGCUGGGAUUACGAAAGGAUCCAAAAUGAUGAGAUUAUUUCUGGGCAAUUUAUCCAGCGUGUGCCUUGAUGGCCUAUGUUUGUUCUUUGUGCGAUACAAAAAUGACAUUGCGAUCACAGGGAAAAAUAUUAAUGAGGAGGUAUCCUUUUGUGUCCUGGAUUGUACUGAUGGAAUUCUCACCGGUGCUGUGAAUAUGCUGGAAAAUAUUUUCAUGCCAGCUAUUUCCACAUCUGAAAAAUGGGGAGCACUAAAUCAAUCAAUACAUGGGGAUAGAGAGAAGAAAGAUUUCAAAGAUACUAUUCGUAGAUACAUCACUUUCCUAAAUGGUGCACAAACAAGUCUUGAAAAAGCUGUAGUGCUAAAGAGCGAAACAGUUGAUCUUUCCCAGCUGCGUUCAUUUGAGCAAGUGACAGCUGCAGCAUCCAACCCAGAAAUGAUUUUACUGCUUGAAAAUGUACUUCUGACGUGGCACAAUCAACUAGAACAGGUGCUGGCACAAAGUAAUCAAGUGAGAAAAGAGGCUGAAGAUUCAGGUCCACUCACUGAACUGGAACACUGGAAAUGCAUGUCAGCUAAGUUCAAUUCCAUCAUAGAACAGCUUAAAGGACAACAUUGCAAGGGAGUGAUCAAUGUGUUAAACACAAGUCACUCAAAAAUGUUAACGAUGUGGCUACAGUUGGAUUCUCAAAUCACUGAUGCAGCCAAUGAAGCAAAGGACAAUGUAAAGUUCCUCCAGGCAUUGGAAAAAGUCUGUCAGCCACUCUACAAUUCUGAUCCGGUCACCAUGACAAGAGGUGUUCCAAAUUUGAUAAAUACCAUUCAAAUGAUCCACAAUGUGUCUCGGUACUACAACACUUCACAACAGAUGACUUCCCUCUUUAUUAAGAUCACAAACCAAAUGGUUACGGCCUGCAAAGAAUAUAUCACUGAAGAUGGUACUGCUCGUGUGUGGGACCAGGAUUCUGAAAUUGUUAUUAAUAAAAUGCAGGAAUGUAAAAAAUUGCUUGUGGAAUAUCGAAAAUACUUCCAGAACACAAAGAAAUACACAACUGAAACAGCACAAGAUAAUCCAUUUGAUGUGUCAGAAAUGUACAUAUUUGGUAAACUUGAAGUUUUCUGCAAAAGACUGGCAAAGAUCACAGAAAUGGUUAAAGCAGUGAAAACAUUUUCUGCAUUGAAGAAUUCUACAAUUGAAGGAAUCGAGAUUCUGACAAUCAAAUUCCAGAAUAUCUAUGUAAACCUGAAGAAGAGUCAUUAUGACAUUCUUGAUCCUCGGAAGAAAGAGUUCAAUUCAGACAAUGCUGUAUUCAUGAAACAAAUCUUCGAUUUAGAGAACUUGCUUAAUGAUUUCAUGAAUAGCUGCUUUGGUCAAAUUAUUUCUUCGCAACAUGCUUUACAACUUUUGAACAGAUUUCAGCAUUUGAAUAUACCAUCCCUUGAGUCAGAAAUUGAAGUUAUAGUUGACCGUAUUAUCCAGCACUAUGCAGGAGAGUUAAUGUUCGUAAAUAAGCAUUAUCAAAUUCAUAAAGAGGACCCACCACUUGCUAGAAACAUGCCCCCUAUAGCUGGAAAGAUACUGUGGGUGAGACAGCUCUUCAGACGUGUACAUGAGCCCAUUGAUUAUUUCUACAAAAGUUCUGACAUACUAAAAAGCCCACAGGGCAUGUCAAUCGUACGAAAGUACAACAAAAUUGCUUAUGUACUGGUAAAGUUUGAAGUGUUGUAUCAUAAGGCCUGGACAAAAGAAAUUUCAGCCAUGCGAUACAUUCUGCAAGCAACACUUUUAAUACAUGAUCCAGAGACUGGGAAACUGUACUCAAAUUUUGAUCAUAGAAUCCUUGAGAUUCUUCGUGAGGCUAAAUGUAUGUUAAAGAUGGAUUUGGAGGUGCCAGAGUCGGCCAGACGUCUGCUAAAAACUGAGAAUAUGUUGAAAGCUAACUCCAGUAAUUUGGAGUCUGUUCUUCAUGCAUUCGAGAGUGUGUGCCAAGGAAUUCCUUCUGAGUUUGUGGCCUUGAUAACACCUAAAAUUAAAAAGAUUGAAUCUGUUCUGAGACAAGGAGUUACUUUACUGAAUUGGUCAUCUCUAACACUGGAACAGUUCUUCUCUGAUGCAAAUACAGCCAUAGAUGAGUUGAUUGCAUUGUUAAAGACACUAAUUGACUUGCGAGAAAUGCACAUAGAUGAAGUAUUGGAAGAAAUAUCCCAAAAGAUUAUUAUCAACCUGCCAGAGGAUCAUACCUUGACCAUGGAAAACAUGCUUACAUACAAUGAGAUUCGCUGUAACGAUUGGGCAGAUAUUUUAGCUCCAAAAGCAAGUUAUAUUGAAAAAACUGUGGACAGAUUGGUGGAAAUGUUUGUUGAAAUCUCUGAUAUGAUCAGCAACACCUUAAAAUCUGAUGUUGAACCAGCAGCAGUUGCCAUAAACCAGCUCUUCUCCGUUCAGAUGCUAUGUGAUUCUCCUUACCAGCAUCAAGCAAUCCACCUGUCCCUCCAUUUCAUCAGCAUUAGGCAGCUGGAGCUGUUGGCAUACUUGAAGCAAUUCCUUCAACUCUGCUUGACUUACCAGAGUUAUGAUCUUCUGGAUAUUAAAGAACUUUAUGCACAUUUUAGCCAUCAAUUGCUGGAUGCUUUAGUGAAAUCUACACAUCUGUCAUUGGAAAUUUUCAAAAGAAGAAUCUUCAAAAGAGGACUAUAUGGCUACUCAAACAAUGUUGAAGAGUUUGCUCCUUUUUUGAAGGCUGAAGUGCACUUGGCAAUUCCAAAUGUGGUUCUGGUACCAAAUCUGGAUGAUAUUCAGCAUGCGAUUAACCGAACAAUCCAGAUGAUUUUGGAAGUGAGCCGUAAAGUGCAACAGUGGAGGCAAUCAAAAAAUCGUCUCGAGAGUGUUUAUGAUGCACAGAAUUUAGUAGAAAUAAAUGAAAGCAGGAAUUUAAGGAAGCCGAAGAACUUUUAUCACAAUGUGGCAGAACAUAAAGAUGUAACCAAAUUAGUAGCAAUGCUGGCUGCUUCUGUUAGCUCCACGAGGGAUGCUAUCACCAGAGCACUGGAAGAAUUUCAAAGAUUCAACAUUCUGUGGUCACAAGACAGAGAUACUACAGUUAAGAAAUUUAUGGGUAAUAAUCCCAGUCUGUAUGAGCUCCGAACAAAAAUAGAGUAUUAUGCUGCUUUUGAACAAGACAUUGAGGAAAUCAGCUCCACUAUUAAAGUAGACUUUAUUGAACUGAAUACAGAAUCCAUAAAAAUAGCUCUCAUGGUGGAAGCCAAAGCUUGGAAAAUGGUACUUUGUCGGUUUUUGAAUGAACAGUACAAGGGCAAAAUGACAGCAAUAACAACAUUUAUCGCUGAAGAAAUGAAGAAUUUGGCUCGGCCUAUUCAAGAUUUGGAUGAUGUUAGAUUUGCCAUGGAGUCUUUGUCACAAAUACGAAAUAAUGAGAUACAGAUGGAUAUGACUUUGGCACCCAUUGAGGAAGCAUACAGCAUACUUAAUAAAUAUGAGGUGGAGAUUUCAAAGGAAGAAACAGAAGAAGUUGAUACACUUCGGUACUUUUUCAACAAAUUACAAGUUAAAGCUAGAAAUGUUCAGGAUGAAUUGGUUCAAGUACAACCCAAAUUCAAGGCUAACCUGCUGGAGUCAGUGGAUAUUUUCCAGAAAGAAGUGCUCAAAUAUGGACGACAGUAUGAAAAAGAAGGUCCAAUGGUUCCAGGUAUUGCACCUGCAGAGGCCAGCACCAGACUACAGAUCUUUCAGAGCUGGUUUGAUGAGUUAUGGAGGAAGCUUGUGACAUAUUCUUCAGGAGAACGUUUAUUUGGACUGCCAAUCCAAGACUAUGAAAUACUGCAGAAAAAUAAGAAAGAGCUGGGGCUGCUGCAGAAAUUGUAUAGUUUGUAUGAUGCAGUGAUGAAUAAUAUUAAUGGUUACUAUGAUGUGCUUUGGACUGAGUUAGACAUUGAGAAGAUUAAUGCCGAGCUCUUGGAGUUUCAAAAUAGGUGUCGUAGGUUGCCCAAAGGACUGAAGGAAUGGCAAGCAUUUCUGGAUCUGAAGAAGAAAAUAGAUGAUUUCAGUGAAUCAUGUCCGCUCCUGGAAAUGAUGUCCAACAAGUCAAUGGAACUGAGGCAUUGGGAACGGAUAUCUGCAGUUACAGGGCAUAAAUUUAAUGUGACAUCAGAAACAUUCUCUCUGAAAAAUGUUAUGGAUGCUCCACUGCUUCAUUUUAAGGAUGAUAUUGAGGAUAUCUGCAUAUCCUCUGUCAAAGAGAAGGACAUUGAGGCAAAACUAAAUCAGGUGAUGCAGACCUGGACCAGUCAGACCCUGAGUUUCUCUUCAUUUAAGAGUCGGGGUGAACUAUUGCUGAAAGGACUGGAGACAGCAGAAAUUAUAAUGAUGAUGGAGGAUAGUUUAAUGAUCUUGAGCUCUUUACUCAGUAACAGGUAUAAUGCUUACUAUAAAAAGGAUAUUCAGCUCUGGGUGCACAAUCUGACAACAUGCACAACUAUAAUAGAACAGUGGCUAUUAGUACAAAAUCUGUGGGUUUAUCUGGAGGCUGUCUUUAUUGGAGGAGAUAUUGCCAAACAACUGCCACAGGAAGCAAAACGAUUUCAAAAUGUUGAUAAAUCAUGGAUAAAAAUAAUGCAGCGGGCUCAUGAAAUUCCAACUGUUGUCCAGUGCUGUGUUGGAGAUGACAUUAUGGGACAGCUUCUGCCACACUUACAGGAACAACUGGAGGUCUGUCAGAAAUCGCUAACAGGAUAUUUGGAAAAGAAGAGAUUGCUAUUUCCUAGAUUCUUCUUUGUCUCUGAUCCAGCUUUACUGGAAAUCCUUGGUCAAGCCAGUGAUUCGCACACCAUUCAGGCCCACCUAGCGGGAAUAUUUGAUAAUGUAAAUAAAGUAGUUUUCCAUCCAAAGGAUUACGAUACCAUGCUGGCUGUCACUUCGAGGGAAGGAGAACGAAUUCAUUUGGAUACCCCAGUGAUUGCGAAGGGCCCAGUGGAACUAUGGUUAAGUGACUUAUUGCGAAUGCAGCAAGCUUCACUGCACACUGUGAUUAAAUUAGCAUAUUACAGCUUCAGCGAACCAGAUUUCCAGCUAAUACCUUUCCUCUAUGAGGCUCCUGGCCAGGUUGGAAUUCUAGCAAUCCAAAUACUGUGGACACGUGACUCUGAGGAAGCACUUAAUUUGGCAAAAGACAGCAAAAAGAUUAUGCAAACAACGAACCAGAAGUUCCUAGAACUGCUGAACUCUCUUAUCGCCCAAACAACACAUGAUCUGACUAAGUUUCAAAGAAUCCAGUUUGAAACUCUUGUUACCAUUCAUGUUCACCAGAGGGACAUAUUUGAUGACUUGGUGAAAAUGCAUAUCAGAACAUUAAGCGACUUUGAAUGGUUGAAACAAAGUCGAUUUUAUUUCAAUGAUGACACACAAGAAAUAAAAGUGGGUAUCACUGAUGUGGAAUUUAUCUAUCAGAAUGAAUUUUUGGGUUGCACUGAUCGACUUGUUAUCACACCUUUAACAGAUAGGUGCUACAUCAGCUUAGCUCAAGCUUUGUGGAUGAAUAUGGGAGCUGCCCCUGCUGGACCUGCUGGUACAGGCAAAACAGAGACUGUGAAGGACAUGGGCAAAGCACUUGGAAAAUAUGUUGUUGUGUUCAAUUGUUCCGAUCAAAUGGAUUUCAGAGGAUUAGGCAGAAUCUACAAAGGUUUGGCACAAUCUGGUUCUUGGGGCUGCUUUGAUGAAUUUAAUCGAAUUGAACUACCUGUAUUAUCUGUAGCAGCGCAACAAAUUUAUAUUAUUCUCAUGGCAAGGAAAGAAAGGAAGAAAGUAUUUAUCUUCACGGAUGGAGAUAGUGUAUCACUUAAUCCAGAGUUUGGCAUAUUUAUCACAAUGAAUCCUGGAUAUGCAGGACGCCAAGAACUGCCAGAAAAUCUAAAAAUUCAAUUUAGAACAGUAGCCAUGAUGGUGCCAGAUAGACAGAUCAUUAUAAGGGUCAAGCUUGCAAGUGUCGGAUUUUUGGAUAAUGUGCUGUUGGCUCAGAAAUUCUUUGUACUUUACAAGCUCUGUGAAGAGCAGCUUACCAAGCAGGUGCAUUAUGACUUUGGCUUGAGAAAUAUCCUUUCUGUAUUGAGGACAUUGGGAGCUCAGAAGAGAGCACGACCGGAAGACAGUGAGCAGACAAUUGUCAUGAGAGUUUUGAGAGAUAUGAAUCUGUCUAAACUGGUGGAUGAAGAUGAACCCCUUUUCCUAAGCCUGAUCAGUGAUCUGUUCCCUGGUAUCCAGUUGGAUAGCAGCACCUACACAGAACUGCAGGCAGCUGUAGCUAAUCAGGUGGAAAUAGCAGGAUUAGUCAACCACCCACCCUGGAAUCUCAAACUGGUUCAGCUGUUUGAAACAGCCAGAGUUCGUCAUGGAUUGAUGACGUUGGGUCCUAGUGGCUCUGGAAAGACUUGUGUCAUUUGUACCCUAAUGCAAUCACUGACCGAAUGUGGAGCCCCUCAUCGGGAAAUGCGCAUGAAUCCUAAGGCUAUUACUGCUCCACAAAUGUUUGGGCGACUGGAUCCUGCAACUAAUGAUUGGACUGAUGGAAUCUUCUCAACACUAUGGAGGAAAUCUAUCAAGUCAAAAAAAGGUGAUAAUAUCUGGAUAGUUCUGGAUGGUCCAGUGGAUGCUAUUUGGAUAGAAAAUCUAAAUUCCGUACUGGAUGAUAACAAGACAUUAACUUUGGCUAAUGGUGACCGUAUUCCCAUGGCUCCUUCCUGCAAACUGCUGUUUGAAGUACAUAACAUCGAGAAUGCAUCUCCAGCUACAGUGUCCAGAAUGGGGAUGGUCUACAUCAGCUCUUCUGCUCUCAGCUGGAAGCCAAUUUUGAAGGCUUGGUUAAACAAACGCAUUCCUUGGGAAGCUGAGAUUCUACAAAACUUGUACAACAAAGCCUUUGAAGAUAGCUAUCUGUACAUGAAGCUAAACCUUCAUCCUGUAGUAGAGCUGCUGGAGUGUAACUACAUCACGCAGUCCAUAACCCUGCUAGAAGGUUUAAUGGUGAAUGGAGUAACUAUUAAUGAAGUGCAACUUGGGCGGCUCUUUGUAUUUGGCCUGAUGUGGAGUGUUGGUGCCCUAUUGGAGCUAGACAGUAGAAUGAAAUUGGAGAAUUUCCUCCGAACACGCGACAGCAAACUUGACCUACCUGAGAUCCCAGCAGGAAGCCCUGACACCAUGUUUGAGUUUCUUGUUAAUCAGCAAGGUGAAUGGGAGAACUGGAAAACCUGGGUUCAAGAGUAUUUAUAUCCACCUGACAGUGAGCCAGACUACACUUCAAUCCUAGUACCAAAUGUUGACAAUGUUAGGACCAACUUUCUUGUGGACAUCAUAGCUAAACAGAAUAAGGCAGUACUUCUGACUGGAGAACAAGGAACAGCAAAAACAGUAAUGAUUAAAGGAUAUUUGAAGAAAUAUGACCCUGAAGAACAUCUGUCCAAGAGUUUAAAUUUCUCUUCUGCCACAGAACCCUACAUGUUUCAGAGAACUGUUGAAAGCUACGUAGAAAAACGUGUAGGGAGUACAUAUGGACCUCCAAGUGGACGGAAAAUGACAAUAUUUGUUGACGAUAUCAACAUGCCAGUUAUCAAUGAGUGGGGAGAUCAGAUUACUAAUGAAGUAGUUCGUCAAAUGAUCGAAAUGCAUGGAAUGUACAACUUGGAUAAACCAGGAGCCUUUACCAAAAUUGUUGAUGUACAAUUAAUGGCUGCAAUGAUCCAUCCAGGGGGAGGGCGCAAUGAUAUUCCACAACGUUUAAAAAGGCAUUUCACAGUCUUCAACUGUACACUACCUACCAAUGCUUCAAUUGACAAAAUCUUUGGAAUUAUUGGAAAUGGAUACUUUCAAUCUUCUAGGAAUUUCCUGCCUGCAAUCAGUGACAUGAUAACAAAGCUUGUAAUCACCAGCAGAAUCCUCUGGCAGUGGACAAAGGUGAAAAUGCUACCUACUCCAGCUAAAUUUCAUUACAUCUUUAAUCUGAGGGACCUAUCUCGCAUCUGGCAGGGAAUGUUAACUGUAAAAACUAAUGAAUGCUCCAACCUGGAGACACUACUUGCUUUGUUCAAACAUGAAUGUACCAGGGUCAUUGCAGACAGAUUUAUAAACGAAGAGGAUAAAUAUUGGUUUGAAAAUGCUGUGACACGCGCCAUUGGAGACAACAUUGGAAGACAAAUGGCAGAAAACCUUCACAAAGAGCCAUACUUUGUUGAUUUCCUUCAGGAUAUGCCAGAGCCAACUGGUGAUGAGCCUGAAGAUUAUGUAUUUGUUGUCCCUAAAAUCUAUGAAAUGGUUCCAAGCUUUGAAGUCCUGACUGAAAAAUUGCAGUUUUAUCAGGCACAACAUAAUGAAGGUGUCCGAUUCGGUUUUCUUGAUCUUGUCUUCUUCACAGAUGCAAUGACACACAUUGUCAAAAUAUCUCGUAUAAUCCGUACAGAUUGUGGAAAUGCUUUGCUGGUGGGAGUUGGUGGUUCUGGAAAACAAAGCUUUACAAAGCUGGCAUCUUAUAUUGCUGGAUAUAAAAUCUUUCAGAUCACUUUAACAAGAGCAUACAACGUCAGCAAUCUGAUGGAUGACUUGAAGAUAUUGUACAGAACGGCUGGGGCAGAGGGAAAGGGAAUUACUUUCAUAUUCACUGAUAAUGAAAUCAAGGAAGAGUCUUUUCUUGAGUAUCUCAACAACGUACUCUCUUCUGGAGAGGUGUCAAACUUAUUUGCUCGGGAUGAACUUGAUGAGAUUACUCAAUCGCUGAUUGCCUCAAUGAAGAAAGAAGCACCUCGUAUCCCUCCCACUUUUGACAAUCUUUAUGAAUAUUUUAUAAAAAGAGCCAGGAAAAAUCUCCAUGUGGUCCUUAAUUUCUCUCCGGUUGGUGAAAAGUUUCGAUCACGUGCACUAAAGUUCCCUGGUCUGAUCUCUGGUUGCACUAUGGAUUGGUUCAGCCACUGGCCUAGAGAGGCAUUGGUUGCUGUCUCUAACUAUUUCCUUUCUGGCUUUUACAUUGCUUGCUCAAACGAGGUCAAAACCCAACUUGUGGCAACAAUGGGUGUCUUUCAUGACAGAGUGUAUCAAACAUGUGAGGACUAUUUUCAGAGAUAUCGGCGAAGAACUCAUAUAACCCCCAAAUCUUACCUUGCCUUUAUAAACAGCUACAAAUCUGUUUACACAGAGAAACAUGUAAACAUCAAUGACCUAGCAGAGCACAUGCAAAUGGGACUUUCCAAGCUCAUGGAGGCAACUGAAUCAGUCGCUCUUCUCGCAAAAGAACUAGCAGGGAAAGAAAAGGAACUGGCAGUGGCAUCACGUAAUGCUGAUAAGGUUCUAGGAGAGGUGACAGUGAGUGCACAAGCAGCAGAGCUGGUCAAGAAUGAAGUCCUGGUAGUGAAAGAUAAGGCCCAGAAAAUUGUGGAUGAAAUCGAAAUGGAUAAAAACUUUGCAGAGGGCAAGCUGAUAGCUGCAAAACCAGCACUAGAAGCUGCAGAGGCUGCUCUCAAUACAAUCAAACCUGCUGAUAUUUCCACUGUGCGUAAAUUAGCCAAACCACCUCACCUGAUUAUGAGGAUUCUCGACUGUGUGCUGGUUCUCUUCCAAAAUAAAAUGGAUGCAGUCACCAUGGACCCUGAAAGACCCUGUGUCAAGCCAUCCUGGGGGGAAUCUUUGAAGUUGUUGAGUGGCACUGGUUUCCUCCAGGCCCUGCAGCAGUUUCCAAAGGACACCAUCAAUGAUGAAACAGUAGAACUCCUCCAGCCAUAUUUCAUAAUGGACGAUUAUACAUUUGAAAAUGCUAAGAAAGUCUGUGGGAAUGUUGCUGGUUUGUUAUCCUGGACUCAAGCUAUGGCUGCCUUCUUUGCCAUCAACAAAGAGGUGCUGCCUCUAAAGGCUAAUUUGGCAGUACAAGAAAACCGCCUCCAACGGGCCAUGAAGGAGUUAGGAACUGCUCAAGCCCAGCUGGAUGAGAAACAAGCUGAGCUGGACAAGGUACAGGCAAAGUUUGAUGCUGCCAUGAAAGAGAAAAUGGACCUGCUGGAAGAUGCAGAAACAUGUCGAAGAAAGAUGGAAGCCGCAACAGCCCUGAUAGAUGGCCUGAGUGGGGAGAAAAUCAGAUGGACAGACCAGUGCAAGGAGUUUAAAGCGCAAAUCAACAGGUUGGUGGGAGAUGUGCUAUUGGCGACUGGUUUUCUAUCGUACAGUGGUCCCUUCAAUCAAACAUUCAGGGAUAUAUUGCUGAAAGUAAUCUGGGAAGCAGAGCUUCAGAAAAGGAGGAUUCCAUAUACAGAUAAUCUGAACAUUAUAGCCUUUUUGGUGGACCAGGCUAUGAUUGGUGAGUGGAACCUACAAGGGUUACCAAGUGAUGACCUGUCAGUUCAGAAUGGCAUAAUUGUCACCAAAGCAACCAGGUAUCCCCUUCUCAUAGACCCUCAGACACAGGGGAAAACCUGGAUCAAGAGGAAGGAGAAACAUAAUGAAUUACAGGUAACGUCACUUAAUCAUAAGUAUUUCCGGAAUCACCUAGAGGAUUCGCUAUCACUUGGACGGCCUCUGCUAUUGGAAGAUGUGAAGGAAGAGUUGGAUCCUGCCCUGGAUAAUGUGUUGGAAAAAAACUUCAUCAAAUCUGGGACCACCUUCAAGGUGAAAGUGGGAGAUAAAGAGACUGAUGUAAUGACUGGAUUCAUGUUCUACAUUACCACAAAGCUUCCUAACCCUGCCUACACUCCAGAAAUCAGUGCCAAGACAUCAAUCAUUGACUUCACUGUAACCAUUAAGGGCCUUGAGAAUCAGCUGCUUGGCCGAGUGAUCCUUACUGAGAAACAGGAGUUGGAAGCAGAGCGUGUGCAGCUGAUAGAGGAAGUCACUGCCAACAAACGCAAAAUGAAGGAAUUGGAGAAUAACCUGCUAUUCAAGCUCAGCACUACCAAAGGUUCACUGGUGGAUGAUGAGUCUUUGAUUGGAGUCCUUCAGGUAACAAAGUCGACAGCAACCGAAGUUAGUGAGAAGCUGCAUGUGGCAGCGGAGACGGAGAUAAAAAUUAACACUGCACAGGAGGAAUAUCGGCCAGCAGCCACUCGUGGUAGUAUCCUGUAUUUCCUCAUUACAGAAAUGAGCAUGGUUAACAUCAUGUACCAGACUUCACUUGCACAAUUUCUGAAGUUAUUUGACCUCUCCAUGGCCAGAUCGAAGAAGUCACCUGUUGCUGCAAAGCGAAUCAGAAACAUUAUUGACUACCUGACCUAUGAAGUGUUUAAAUAUUCAGUGCGUGGCCUUUAUGAAACUCACAAGUUUCUUUUCACCUUAUUGCUGCCUCUGAAGAUCAACCUUGAACGAGGAUACAUCAAAUACAGUGAAUUUCAGACCCUGAUAAAAGGUGGAGCAGCCCUUGACCUUAAAACUAGCCCACAGAAACCUUUCCGCUGGAUCCUUGAUAUGACCUGGUUGAACCUGGUGGAGCUGAGCAAACUCACUCAGUUUGCAGAGAUAUUGACCCAGAUAACAAAGAAUGAGAAGAUUUGGAAAGUCUGGUUUGACACUGAUGCUCCAGAAGAAGAGAUAAUUCCAAAUGGAUACACUGACUCUUUGGAUUCAUUCUGCAAGCUAUUGCUCAUUAGAUCAUGGUGUCCUGACAGAAUUCUCUCACAAGCUCGAAGCUACAUUUCUGAUGCAAUGGGAGCCAAAUAUGCAGAGCCGGUGAUUCUAAACCUGGAGACAACCUGGGAAGAAAGUGACACACAAACUCCUCUGAUCUGUUUCCUGUCCAUGGGCUCUGAUCCCAGCAAUCAGAUUGAAGGACUGGCCAAAAAGCUUGAAAUUGAUUGUCGGGCAAUAUCCAUGGGUCAGGGACAAGAAGUUCAUGCCAGAAAGUUGGUGGCAACGUCUAUGCAUCAGGGUGGAUGGGUUUUACUACAGAACUGCCAUUUGGGAUUGGAUUUCAUGGACGAGCUGUUAGAAAUUUUAAUGUCAAGUGAGAAUGUACAUGAGUCUUUCCGAGUAUGGAUAACCACUGAACCACAUCCGAAGUUCUCGAUCACACUUCUACAGACAUCCAUCAAGUACACCAAUGAGCCUCCUCAAGGAGUGCGGGCAGGACUGAAAAGAACGUUUAGCGGGAUCUCUCAAGACCAAAUAGAAUAUUCAAACCUACCCAUGUGGAAACCACUACUAUAUGCAGUCGCUUUCCUGCACACCACUGUCCAGGAACGGCGCAAGUUUGGACCACUGGGAUGGUGUAUUCCAUAUGAGUUUAACGCUUCAGAUUUCAUAGCCAGUGUCCAGUUCAUACAGAACCACCUGGACGAUUGUGACAAAAAAAAGGGUGUGUCAUGGAAUACUAUACGUUACAUGCUUGGAGAGGUUCAGUACGGAGGACGCGUUACAGACGACUACGACAAACGCCUCCUCAACUGUUUUUGCAAGGUGUGGUUUAGCGAGAAGAUGUUUGAUUCCAAGUUCAGCUUUUAUACCGAUUACAGUAUUCCAAUAUGUGCAAGUGUAGACAGCUAUCUGGAGUAUAUUCAGACACUGCCUAUUGUUGACACCCCUCAGGUGUUUGGCCUGCACCCAAAUGCUGAUAUCACGUACCAGAGUAACACUGCGGCUGAAAUUCUCAACACUAUCACCAAUAUCCAGCCAAAAGAAAGUUCUGGAGGAGGCGGAGAGACUCGAGAGGCCAGUGUCUUUAAACUGUCUGACAGUAUGCUGAAAAAACUGCCCCCAGAUUAUUUGGCACAUGAGGUGAAAGCUCGCCUCGUAAAAAUGGGAAUUUUGAAUUCAAUGAAUAUCUUCCUGCGUCAAGAAAUUGACAGAAUGCAGAAGGUUAUCAUGAUGCUCCGGAACUGUCUAACUGACUUACAGCUGGCCAUAGAGGGAACCAUCAUCAUGAGCGAGAAUUUAACAGAUGCCUUGGAUAACAUGUACAAUGCUCGUGUCCCUGUGAUGUGGAAGAGGAUUUCCUGGGAUUCUUCUACAUUGGGAUUUUGGUUCACAGAGUUUCUAGAGAGAAAUGCGCAAUUUUCUUCUUGGAUAUUUGAGGGCAGGCCCAAUGUAUUUUGGAUGACAGGGUUCUUUAAUCCCCAGGGAUUUCUAACUGCUAUGAGACAGGAAGUAACACGUGCACAUAAAGGCUGGGCGCUGGACAGUGUCACUCUUCACAAUGAAGUCACAAAACUGAUGAAAGACGAAAUCAAAGUACCACCCCCAGAGGGAGUGUACAUUUAUGGCCUUUACCUGGAUGGAGCAGGUUGGGACAGGAGAAAUACCCGACUGACUGAAUCAACUGCUAAGGUUCUCUUUACAAUGCUACCUGUCAUCUAUAUAUUUGCCAUCAAUUCCACUGCGCCCAAGGAUUCUAAAUUAUACAUCUGUCCAAUCUAUAAGAAACCACAACGCACUGAUCUGAUGUUCAUUACCACCCUCUGCCUGAAAACAGUCCAGCCACCUGACCACUGGAUCCUGAGAGGGGCAGCUCUGCUCUGUGAUAUCAAGUAA